AUGUAUUUGGACAACAAAGAUGAUGGUGCCAUCUCCAGAAAAGUAGACAUGGAGUUGGCACAGGCCUCUGCCCCACACCAUGUGGAUUUGCUCAGAGAUGCAGUGGCAGAACCUAUUUCCAGUAAUUUCAGUGAGCUGAAGCUCUUAAAGGAGAUGGUGGCUGCCCAGGGAGAAGCUCAAAGCCCAUAUCUAAAUGGUGGACCGAAACCAGAGUGUUGCAUAACACUGGGGAAAGAUUGCAGCUCCUUCAACAUGCAAGGGAGGUACCAUUUCACUUUGCCCAAAUUCUUCAGUGCAAGAUCAAAAGAAAGCUGUUUGACAGAGAGGACGCCUCUACUGAAAGCUCCCACUGAAGAAAAUGGGUUAAAAUGCAUAGCUGUCCAUAAUGCAGAUUUCACCACAGAUGAUGAUUCCUGGGAAAACAGCUCUGCUGAAUUUGAGCAAAGGUCUCACCAGGGAAGUGAAAUGACCAGCCUGUCCAGAUCUGCUUCAUCCUCAGAGAAAUGUGAAAUGUUGGACAACUUGCAUGUCAAAUUCAAUUUAUCCAAGAUGAGAUGCUGCUUACGCAUCCUCAAGGUUUCUGGCCUGUUUAUCUUUGUAGUGCUAUGCUCUAUCUUACUUAGCAUCCAUCCUGAAAAUAGAACACCUUGGCAAAUGCUAGCUGUGUCCCCUGUGGAGAGCUACACUGUGAACUUGAGCAAAUUUCAUGAUUCUGCCCUUCUGAAGCUAGAAGUGGGAGGUCCUUUUGUAGCAGAACGGUCACCAGAAGACUAUGUUGUAAUUCAGAUCAGGCAAGUAGAAGACUCUGGGCCUAGACAAAGACGACAGCAACAGAUCUUAUACAACUGGAGCCUACCUUUAAAUCUGAGACAAAAUAAGCAAGUUAUUGUGUCUAGAACAUUUGAGAUGUCAAACAGAGAAGAAACUUCCAUAAGUAUCGAAGCUUUCCUUCAGGAAUCGGAAAUUGUUCCUCUUUCUGUGACAUAUCAAUAUCUUUAUGCAAAUGUAGAGACUCAAGUCACAAUUGCAUCCAUCAUUUUAGCAGGUGUUUAUGUGCUGAUCAUAUUUGAGAUUGUUCACAGAACAUUAGCAGCAAUGCUGGGCUCUCUGGCUGCCCUGGCUGCCCUAGCUGUGAUUGGUGAUAAGCCGAGCCUGGUCAAAGUAGUAGCAUGGAUAGAUUAUGAAACUCUGGCACUUUUGUUUGGAAUGAUGCUUUUAGUUGCCAUCUUCUCCGAAACUGGAUUUUUUGAUUAUUGUGCAGUAAAGGCUUACAGACUCUCCCGAGGCAGAGUGUGGGCCAUGAUUAUCAUUCUUUGCCUUAUUGCUGCAAUCCUGUCAGCCUUUUUGGAUAAUGUUACGACCAUGCUCCUCUUUACUCCAGUGACCAUAAGGUUAUGUGAGGUGCUUAAUCUCGAUCCCAGGCAUGUCCUGAUUGCUGAAGUAAUCUUCACAAACAUUGGAGGAGCUUCUACAGCUAUUGGGGAUCCACCAAAUGUGAUUAUUGUUUCAAACCAGGAGCUCAAGGAGGUGGGAGUGGAUUUUGCUGCAUUUACAGGACACAUGUUUCUUGGAAUUUCCCUUGUGCUUCUGGCUUCCAUUCCUUUUCUAAGGCUUCUCUAUUGGAACAAAAAGCUUUAUAACAAAGAACCUAGUGAAAUUGUUGAACUGAAACAUGAAAUCCAUGUUUGGAGAUUGACGGCCCAGCGAAUUAACCCAGCCAGCAGAGAGGAAACAGCUGUGAAGUGUCUCCUAAUGCAAAAAGUUCUUGCUCAAGAACUCUUGCUGAAGAAAAAGCUCAAAACAUUCCAUAGACAGAUCUCACAAGAAGAUAAAAACUGGGAAACAAAUAUUCAGGAGCUGCAAAAAACGCACAGAAUAACAGACAAGAUACUUCUUAUCAAAUGCCUGACUGUUUUAGGAUGUGUAAUCCUCAUGUUCUUUCUCAAUUCCUUUGUUCCAGGAAUUCACCUAGAUCUUGGGUGGAUUGCCAUGUUGGGAGCUAUGUGCCUGCUUGUGUUAGCCAACAUUCAUGAUUUUGAGAUGAUUCUGAAUAGAGUGGAAUGGGCAACACUCCUCUUCUUUGCAGCAUUGUUUGUUUUAAUGGAGGCUUUGGCUCAUCUUCAUUUAAUAGAAUACAUUGGAGAACAGACAGCUUUGUUAAUAAAGGUAGUGCCUGAAGAGCAGCGCUUGACAGUUGCUAUCAUUUUGGUCCUCUGGGUCUCUGCUCUGGCCUCAUCUUUAAUUGACAAUAUUCCAUUCACUGCCACAAUGAUCCCUGUACUUCUCAACCUGAGUCAAGAUCCUGAAGUUAACUUACCUGUAAAGCCGUUAAUCUUUUCAUUGGCCCUGGGUGCAUGUCUUGGAGGGAAUGGAACAUUGAUUGGAGCAUCUGCAAAUGUUGUCUGUGCUGGAAUUGCAGAACAACAUGGCUAUGGAUUCACCUUCAUGGAAUUUUUCAGGUUGGGUUUCCCCAUGAUGAUAAUGACCUGUAUCAUUGGAAUGUGCUAUCUCCUCAUUACACAUGUUGUAUUGGGUUGGACCUAAGAAUGUAAAUAUUAAUGAUAAAUACUGAAAACCAAAAGACACUUUGCAUCCUUGGCAGCCUCUCUUGUAUUUUUAAAAUACAAUAUGAAAUGCAAAGUGUGCUUUCUCUCUCUCUCUCUCCACACACACACACACACA